CACGGCGGAGGGGCGAUGCCGACUCAGCGCGAGAGCGGCAGCAACAGCGGCGGCGGCGGCGGCGGCACUAGCAUGUCGCACCCGGGCCCGGGAAGCGGCGGCGGCGGCGGCGGGAUCGGUAGCCUUGGUGGCCCCGGAGGGGACAGCGCCCAUCAGGUCCGCGUCAAGGCUUAUUAUAAAGGGGACAUUAUGAUAACUUAUUUUGAGCCUUCUAUCUCCUUUGAGGGACUAUGUAAUGAAGUUCGAGACAUGUGCGCCUUCGAUAAUGAACAGUUAUUUACUAUGAAAUGGAUUGACGAAGAAGGAGAUCCAUGUACUGUUUCUUCCCAGCUGGAACUGGAAGAGGCUUUUCGUCUAUAUGAAUUAAAUAAGGAUUCUGAACUUCUAAUACAUGUAUUUCCUUGUGUACCAGAAAGGCCGGGAAUGCCCUGUCCAGGGGAAGAUAAAUCUAUUUAUCGUAGGGGUGCACGGAGAUGGAGAAAGCUCUAUUGUGCAAAUGGUCAUACGUUUCAAGCCAAGCGUUUUAACAGAAGAGCUCAUUGUGCCAUCUGUACUGACCGAAUAUGGGGAUUAGGACGCCAGGGAUAUAAAUGCAUCAAUUGUAAACUUCUAGUUCAUAAAAAAUGUCAUAAACUUGUCAGCAUAGAAUGUGGCCGUCAUGCUUUACCACCGGAGCCUAUGGAUCAUUCCUCAGUGCACUCUGAUAAUAUAGAACCAGUGAUUCCCUAUCAUCCUUCAAGUCAUGAAAGUUUAGACCACGUUGGUGAAGAAAAGGAGGCAAAGAGUAGAGAAAGUGGCAAAGUAUCUUCCAGUCUAGGUCUCCAAGAUUUCGAUUUACUUCGUGUUAUAGGGAGAGGAAGUUACGCAAAAGUACUUUUAGUUCGAUUAAAGAAGACGGAGCGCAUUUAUGCCAUGAAAGUUGUGAAAAAAGAAUUAGUUAAUGAUGAUGAGGAUAUUGAUUGGGUUCAAACAGAAAAGCAUGUCUUUGAGCAAGCAUCAAAUCAUCCUUUCCUUGUUGGUCUUCACUCAUGUUUUCAGACAGAAAGCAGGCUAUUUUUCGUUAUCGAAUAUGUGAAUGGAGGAGAUCUCAUGUUCCACAUGCAGCGACAAAGGAAAUUGCCAGAAGAGCAUGCCAGGUUUUACUCUGCAGAAAUCAGUUUAGCUUUAAACUACCUUCAUGAACGAGGAAUAAUUUAUAGAGACUUGAAGCUGGACAAUGUUUUGCUGGAUUCUGAGGGACAUAUCAAGUUGACUGACUAUGGCAUGUGCAAGGAAGGAUUAAGACCUGGCGACACCACCAGCACUUUCUGUGGCACUCCUAAUUAUAUUGCUCCUGAAAUUUUACGUGGAGAAGAUUAUGGAUUUAGUGUGGACUGGUGGGCUUUAGGUGUCCUGAUGUUUGAAAUGAUGGCGGGAAGAUCUCCGUUUGAUAUUGUUGGAAGUUCUGAUAAUCCUGAUCAAAAUACAGAAGAUUACCUCUUCCAAGUUAUUCUGGAGAAGCAAAUCCGUAUCCCACGUUCCCUUUCUGUGAAAGCAGCAAGUGUUCUAAAAAGCUUUUUAAACAAGGAUCCAAAAGAACGUUUAGGAUGCCAUCCUCAAACAGGUUUUGCAGACAUUCAAGGACAUCCGUUUUUUCGCAAUGUUGAUUGGGAUCUGAUGGAACAAAAACAGGUUGUUCCUCCAUUUAAACCAAAUAUUUCUGGAGAAUUUGGUCUGGAUAACUUUGAUUCUCAGUUUACCAAUGAACCUGUACAACUCACACCAGACGAUGAUGAUAUUGUAAAGAAGAUUGAUCAGUCCGAGUUUGAAGGAUUUGAAUAUAUCAAUCCCCUCCUGAUGUCAGCCGAAGAAUGUGUCUGAUCUCCUACGCGUGACCUGUGCCAUCUUUUUUAUAAAUGUUUUGCCUGCAUGGGUGAAAAAUGUUUCUGUUGGGAAGCAAUGGAUCCAAUGCAUUUGUCAUCUGGUAUGAACUUUAUCAUAACAUAUCAUUAACGUGCUAUAAGCGGAAUACUUGCUCACUGAUAUAAAAGGAAACAAAAGAUUCCACCAAAAUUGGAGUCUAAGACACGGUAAUUGUUCUGGGCAGGAGUUAUCUAAUAUGAAAUAAAAGAUUUUGCCAGAUGUUCUGCUUCACAUGUAAAGUUAGUUUGUGUUUUAUAGAUUUGCUGUUUCAUUAAGUGAUGUUUAGCAAACUGUAUAUAAAGUGUGGUUUUCUGACAGCUAGGUUUAGAGAUAGUAAGACUGCAUCGGGUUUUUUUUCUUCCUUCCAUCUUUACUUAUUUUUAUUUACUGCAUUAUCCAAAUUAAGCUACCAAAUUAAUUGUAAAAAAAUUGCAAAAUAAGAAGUAUCCCCACACUGAAUGUACUAAAUGUUAUGUCCACAAAAGACAGGAGCUUUUAUACAGAUAGUAUAAAAAGCUGCUCUCAUUUUGUAAACGUUCUGAAUUUACUGUGAAUUGACUUCGUUAUUGAGACCCCAUUGGAUUGGGUGAGUUGUGCUUCUGAUUAAAUCUCCGUAUAAUUACUGUCUUGCGACAAUUCUGACUUUGAAACAUCUUAUGUAUACUUAUUAUCUGUAUCCCUUAAGAAUUAUGAAUGAAGCCUACAUUCUGCAGACUAAAUGAAAGUGAUACAGCAUUUCCGGUGACAGUGAUAAAAUCAUGGAUAGUAGAUGCAAUGACAUUAACGGUUCUAUUGUAAAAGAGAAUUUUCUUAUCAAGCACAUGUAUUACAUUGUUUUUAAUUUUUAGUGAAGUCUUCAAUAACUUAUGCUAUAUAAAUGAGUGCCUUCCUCAGCUUUUGGAUUAUUAUAUAGUAUAAAACUAAUUUAAGCAAAAAAAAAAAUAAAUCAGUUGUUGGGUCUUUUUGAGGAGAAAUAGGUAGAUAAUGUUCCAUGUGGCUAUUUCAUCAUAUUAACGGGGACCGUAAUUUACUUACACAAUGUUUUUAUUUAUACAUAUUAUAAAACAAAAAAGAUGUUGAGAAAAAAUGCAAAGAGUAGCAACUAAGGGCCUGGAGCAACUAAGGGCCUAAGAGCAAUGAAGGGCCUGGAGACCAAAACAUAAGAGGAAUGGUUGAAUAGGAAUUGGGUAUGGGUAUGGCCAGUCUAGAGAAAAGAAGGACUAGGAGAGACAUGAUAGCAGUGUUCCAGUAUUUGAGGGACUGCCACAUGGAAGAGGGGGUCAACUUAUUUUCCAAAGGACCAGAAGGCAAGACAAGAAACAGCGGAGGGAAACCAAUCAGGGAGAGAAUUAAGGAGAAACUUCCUAACAGUGAGGACAAUUAACCAGCGGGAUGGCUUGCCUCCAGAAGUUGUAGGUGCUUCAUCACUGGAGGUUCUUAAGAAAAGACUGGACAGACCCCUGUCUGAAAUGUAUAGGGUCUCCUGCUUGAGCAGAGGAUUAGACUAGAAGACCUCCAAGAUCCUUUCCAGCUCCGUUCUGAUCAGGAGGAGAGAGAAAGGGGGCACCCACAUAGUCACACCAGCCAAAUCAGUCUGGCAGUCAAUGAGGUGACAGAUUUCCCAGUUAAAUCCUCACAAGUACAGAUUACUCUUUUUGCUACUAUGGCAUUUAUUGAACUUUAGUGCAUGGGGGAAAAUUUGUUUAUUUGAAUAGUAUGAAUUAUUUUGUAUUAUUCAAAUAAAAGCACUAAUUGAUUCUUGUACUUUCAUUAUAAUGCUAACAAGCUGUGUCAUACUCAGGGUACAUCUAAACAUCUUUUUAGUCCUGGUAAAUUUUAGAUCUGGUAAAUUAUCUUUAGUAAUCUUUUGAGGGGGGCAGCAAUUAUUUCUGUGGCAUAAACUUAAAUGCUUGACUCCUUCCCUCUUCCUUUUCAGAUUUCUCCAUUACAGCAAAUAAAAUUAGGCUACUUACAAUGGGCUCGGUACAAAAUGGUUUUCUUACCAGAAGUACUUUGUCUGACUCGCACAAGUCUAGAAUAAAAUUUUAACAUUCAAGAAUUCUAAGCACAAAAUUGAUGCAUUUACAGACAGAAUUGCUUCUACUCCCUCCUGUAAAUGUGUCUCUCUGUCUGACUGUCUGACUGACUGUGUACAUGUGUAGUGUAUAUUUCAUUUUGUGAUGUCAACUUUAACGAAGAUUUGAAUAUUAAAACAUGUAUUUUGAGGGUUUUUUUCAUAUUUGUUUCAGGUAAAUGCCAUGAUAUUAAAGUGUUAAUUUUUAAACCUUUUUAUGAAAAUGUAGAAGCUAUUUUAAAAUAAUUGAAUUAGGAAUUCAGAUAUGGACAAGCUGAUGGGCUGUAACGGUUGGUUUUAUAUAAAAACUGUGUUGGUGGAUGUUUUCACUGAACUUGUUCUGUUCUGUUGUGAGUUUCCUUCUUUUGUUGCCUUUGAUAUUUGUGUAACCAUCUCCUGAAAUUUCUACAUACUUUUUAAACUGUCAUUUUUAAGUUUCAAAAUAAAAAAAAAAGCAGGGCUUUUGUUUAUA